UAUUAAUAAUAUGUUUUUAUUGAUAUUUUUUUUUUGCUGAAAUGUCAUCUCCUAAAAUUUUGAAAAUGCUAAUGUAUGGAGAAAUUUAAAAUUAUAUAGUUGUUUAUCAAAUUCUCUCUUUUAUUAAAAUGGCUGCAAAAAAUUGGACGGAAAGGGACAAAAAAGAAAAAGAGAAGAGAUGAUAUAGAGUGACUCCUCAUUGGUUCAAUCACCGUCACUGAUCGUUCUCGUAGCUUCGUACAGAGAUUUCUCGAAGGAAUUCAUCACUCUCUUACCGACUUUAUCACUGAUUGUGCUAUCAAUUUUUUAUCCGUGGGUACGAUUCAUUUUAAAAAAAAAAUCAUCGAGAAAUUACUAAGAUAUCGAUCCUUGCCUUGAUCAUACUUUUUAGCAUGUUAGAAUUGCUGAUUCGAUCUACAAUUUUUCAGAUAUGUCGAAGAUUGGGCAGAGAGGGAUUCACUGCUUACAGAGACUCAAUACGGCGCCGUUCACGAGCGUGUCUGCUUCUUUGAUCGAGAAAGGGCAGAAUCGUGUGAUUGAUGCUUCGUUAACUCUCAUUCGUGAAAGGGCAAAACUCAAAGGAGAGUUAGUGCGUCUCUUAGGAGGAUCUAAAGCUUCAACAUCUCUUCUUGGUGUACCACUUGGUCACAACUCUUCUUUCCUUCAAGGUCCUGCUUUUGCUCCUCCAAGAAUUAGAGAAGCUAUUUGGUGUGGUAGCACAAACUCCUCCACUGAAGAAGGUAAGGAGCUAAAGGAUCCUCGGGUUCUAACCGAUGUUGGAGAUGUUCCGGUACAAGAGAUUAGAGAUUGUGGGGUUGAUGAUGAUAGACUCAUGAAUGUAAUAAGCGAAUCCGUAAAGCUUGUGAUGGAAGAGGAACCAUUGCGUCCACUGGUACUAGGUGGAGACCAUUCAAUAUCUUAUCCCGUGGUUAGAGCGGUUUCUGAGAAGCUUGGAGGACCUGUGGACAUUCUUCAUCUUGAUGCACAUCCCGAUAUAUAUGACUGUUUCGAAGGGAACAAGUACUCUCACGCAUCUUCCUUUGCUCGUAUCAUGGAAGGUGGCUAUGCUCGGAGACUUUUGCAGGUUGGGAUCAGAUCGAUAAACCAAGAAGGGAGGGAACAGGGCAAGAGAUUUGGAGUUGAACAGUAUGAGAUGCGAACCUUCUCAAGAGAUCGCCAAGUUUUGGAAAAUCUGAAAUUAGGGGAAGGAGUGAAAGGCGUGUAUAUAUCGAUCGAUGUUGACUGUCUCGAUCCGGCAUUUGCACCCGGAGUGUCCCACAUUGAACCAGGAGGUCUCUCUUUCCGAGACGUCCUCAACAUUAUACAUAACGUUCAGGGAGAUGUGGUCGGUGCUGAUGUUGUCGAGUUCAACCCGCAACGUGAUACUGUUGAUGGCAUGACUGCAAUGGUUGCGGCAAAGCUUGUUAGAGAACUAGCCGCAAAAAUCUCGAAAUAAAGCAUGCAAAAUGGUAUUUUGGAGUUUCUGUUUUAGUUUUGCGAUGUAUUUUUUGUGUUUUAUUUGCAAGUUUGUAACUUUCUUGUAGGUUCGUGAAAAAAAAACAUCCAAUAAGUCUGACAACUUAGACGGGGCAUCGAAUAAACUAAAUAUGAAUUUGGCUUUUAGACCCAAAUAUCAAUGUUCUAUAUAGAAAUAGUGUCUGAUAAUGUUCAGAUCCUGACC